AUGGUAAAAGUGAUGGAGUUGUCUCUGGUGGCUCAAUUCGAUGAUCUACGGCGUUCGUGUGAUGUGUUACGCGAUGGUGCGGCCGAGGUGGAGUUUUUACGCUUUGUCCAGCUGCAGGACGAGUGCCGAAUGCAGUGGCUGAAGUCGAUCGACGAAGCGAAGCGCCUGCAGCACGAGCUGGAUAAUGCGCUGCGCAUCAUUACCAAUCUUGAAUCGAAGCUGUUUCACGCCCGCAAGCUGCUCGAGACGGAAACGAAGGCCCGUCGACAUGCGGAACAUGAGCGUGAUUCGAUGGAACGCAAGAUGAUGGCCGUCUGUGAGAUAGUGCGCAACGAACAUACGAUCCGAGAUGAGACGCGUGAACAGUUGGCCGUGUUUGCGACGGAACCGAGACGCAAAUCACGGAAUGGACACGGUGCAGACGGGCCAGACCGUGGGGAAAUGGCCGGCGGUAUAGACAACGACAUCAAUUCGACCGGAUCGUUUCUGGUGGAUUUGUCCCUGACGCAGUCGGAGGACGAUUUCCUAGAACCGCUCAAAAUGCAAGCCAAACGAAAGUCUUGGAAGAAGCACCGCCCAUCGUACAACAAUAAUGUCAGCUUUAAAAUGCCACAGGAACCGACGAAGCGCGUGAUGGAAAUUAAUUCCACCUCGAACACGAUAGAACCACGCUCCGAGGGUGAAAUCAUCGCACACGCCAAGAUAACCGUCCCGACCGGACUCGACGGUGGACCCAUUCAAGCCGAGUCCACCUUCCGCACCAUGGCCCCGCAAAGGCUGCCGGCGGUCGUUUCGAGCUGCGCAUCGUCCAACUCUACCGCCGCUACCGUGGUGAACGUGCCGGCAGCACCCGAAAGGCAGGAACUUAAGAAAACGGUCAUCCAACGUCAGCACGAUUUGGUCGGUCGAACGUUCAUCGGUGGCGACACGUGCAACCAGUGUCAAGAACGGAUUCGUUUCGGUUGCAGCGGCCUGCGGUGUCGCGAAUGUAGAGCCGUAUUUCACGGAUACUGUCGCGAAAAGAUAUCUGUCCCCUGCGUACCGCAAUCACAAACCAAGAAUGGCCGUCGCGGUACGGCCAGCACGACGGCUACCAACGGUGGCCCACCAACGCCACAGGUUCCGGGUGCCAUUAACAGCCUGGAAGAUUACUGUCCUUCGUCGAGCCCUCGCAUCCCAGCGCUAAUCGUGCAUUGUGUAAGCGAGAUAGAAAAUCGGGGCCUUACCGAGGUCGGCCUAUACCGACUGUCCGGAUCCGACCGAGAAGUGCGUGCCCUGAAGGAGAAGUUCCUGCGUGGUAAAACCGUUCCCACGCUUGGCCAGAUCGACGUGAACGUGCUGUGUAGCUGCAUAAAGGAUUUUCUGCGCACCCUGCGCGAACCGCUCAUCCCUUGCGCUCUUCUCGCCGAGUUCUCGCAGGUUGUAUCCGAUGGUUCAAGCCCGAACGGUAGCCAGCGAAGACGCGAACAGCUGUGCCAGCUGAUUGAACGGCUCCCAGCGCCGAACCGCGAUACGCUUGCGUUCCUGAUGCUACAUUUCCAGCGCGUCGCACAGUCGGAACAGGCCAAGAUGCCGAUUGACAAUUUGUCGCGUGUGUUCGCACCAACCAUUGUCGGUUACACGCGGGCCGAUCUUGACAUGAACGAGAUGUGUGCGGAAACGUACGUGCAAUUCAGCAUCGUGCAGGCCAUGCUGCACAUCCCCACUGACUACUGGAGCCAAUUCAUUCAGCCAGCCACCAGCGGUUGGAGCGAGGAGGUCAAUAGGAAGGGUGCGACCGUACCUACGCCGAGGCGCGGUUUGGGCGAUUUCAUGACGCAAGCGCUGGAGAAAGAACGACGCAUGGAAACACCGAUAUUGCGUCGACCCCGCAAGGACAGGAAGUAUUACGCGACGCCACCGUACAACAAGACAUCGAAAGAUUAA